AUGCAUCACGAACAUCAUGCAUCCCUGCUCAUAGACAGCUUCGCGCUGCAGCCAAGCACCUCUUCGCGGCCGCCGCCGUCGCGCGCGGGGAGCCUUCUGCCCGAGCUGCUCUCAUACAUCUUCACCCUCUACAAGGAUGAUAUCUCCACGAGAUUAUCGACGCGGCGCCCGGCAUGCUUGGCAGAAAGCGCGCUGGCAUGGGCCUCCGUGACUCAUGUUUGUCGACACUGGCGUUCCGUCGCGAUCGAUUCGACUUGCCUCUGGACGGACAUCGUCUUCCACUGUGGACGUGCUUGGGCAGAGGAGAUGUUCCGCCGUUCACGGACAACGCCCCUUACCCUCGACAUUCACCUACCGCUGCACACAUCUGCCAAGGAUGAUCCAAAAUGGUUGCCAUGUCGGUUAGCCGCCCAUACGCGCCGCAUCCAACGUUUGGCGCUACGCGGGUCCCCCGUCGCCAUCCACGCCGUUCUCGAACACCUUACCGCCCCAGCUCCACUUCUCGAGGAUCUUCGAGUGAAGCCGACCCAUUACAUCUUCGGCGAGGUGCCGCUGAAGCUGCCACUCACCCUCUUCUCUGGAUCAACGCCGCGCUUACGAUCCGUCUUCGUGCGCUAUUGCGCUUUGCCCCCCAAUUGGCCGCUACUCCGGGAUCUUACGGCCCUCAGCGUUUGGUUCCCAAAACCGUUCGACUCGCGCGCCGUCACCAGGUGCAGCUCGCCGUUCCAAAAUAUGGAGGAGCUUUUAGGCACCCUCGACGCAUCGCCUGAGCUCGAGACUCUUAUACUCGCUCACUGCCUACCACACAUAUCCGACGAUGAACGCCCCUGUUCGCCUCACGUCGCACAUCCCCGUCUGACGAGUAUCAACAUUCAAGGCGCCGAACAAGACUCCCAAUACCUGCUGUCGUGCAUUGCCGCGUCUCAAUGUACUUGUUGA